AUUUGAAAUUAUGGCAUGAUGGCAAUAUAUAUGUUUUAUAUUUGGUUAUCUGCAACGAUGAAAUAUAUUUCCACCGCGCUUCAUUAUUUAGCUGAUUCAAUUUCAAAUAUUCCGGAAGCGAGUGAACCGGAAUUAUAAGAUAAAGAAAUACUUCAUUUUUUAAUAACUACACUAAAAGUAAGACUAUAUCCGUUAUUCUUGCGCGUAGCUCUGUGAUAUUAUAAUUUGUGUGUUAUUCUAUAAAUAAAAAGACAAAAAGAUGGCGAGUAUAAACAGGGACUUACGGGAGGCCCUUCUUUCCAAGACAAAGAAACAAAGAUUCAGGGUUCAAAUGUUAGACGCUUCACAAAAACAACUUAGAGAGAGUAUUGAGAAAAAUCUUCACAUUAAACAACACGCGAAAACCCUCUAUAAAGGAACAAGAAAAUGUUGCCCUCAAGUGAAGUGCUCGAGAAAUUGUGCCAGCAAGACAAUGCACGAGCUGUUUCCGUUUAUCCGGAUCAUGCGCCGGUAUAGUAUAAGACGGAACUUGCUAGCCGACGUCGUCGCCGGCCUUACGGUCGGAAUUAUGCACAUACCGCAAGGAAUGGCUUACGGUUUUCUAUCCCAGUUACCGCCAAUUUACGGACUCUAUACUUCGUUCUUUCCCGUACUCCUGUAUUUCUUCUUCGGUUCCUCUCGGCAUGUUUCGAUCGGAACAUUUGCUGUGGUCAGUUUAAUGGUUGGUCAAGUGGUCAACAAGGGCUAUCAUACUCACGUUGGUGCCAAAGUUCUUAUGUCAGAUAAUGCGUCCGUGACGGAAUUACUAAGUACCAAUACAACAAUAUCGCCCAACCCACAAAUAGAACCGCUCAUCCAAUCAGAUGGUUACGCCAACCCAAUCAAACUUGGCCACGCCCUCUCCGUAACAUUUGUCGUCGGUUGCAUGCAGCUGCUGAUGGGUUCUAUGAGGCUCGGAUUCAUGGCAUCCUUCAUGUCGGACCCAUUCAUAAGCGGAUUUACAACCGGUGCUGCCAUACACGUGUUCUCGAGCCAGAUAAAACACGUAUUUGGUGUACACGUUAGCAAUUACUAUGGACCCUUUGCUCUUGUCUAUUUCUACUCGGAGUUUUUCGUGAAUAUCGUGCAUACAAACAUGGUGACCUUCACGGCGUCCUUGACCUGUAUACUCAUGCUGGUGCUCAUUAAAGAAGGGAUCAACAACAAUAGUUCAUGUAAAUCACAUCUAAUCAUGCCGAUACCCAUAGAACUUGCUGUGAUUUCAGUCAGUACAAUAAUAUCUUACUACACAAAGCUUGGAAAAGACUUUAAUGUCGAGGUCGUAGGAGAGAUACCAUCAGGGCUACCGAAACCGGAUAUAUCCAACCUGCAGUAUGUACCGGAAGUUCUGGGGGACGGACUCACGAUUGGUUUUAUAGCUUACGCUAUCAGUUAUUCAAUGGCAAAGAUUCUAGCAGACCGACACGGUUAUCGUGUAAACGCAAAUCAGGAAUUGGUUGCACUAGGAGUGUGUAAUUUCGUGAGUUCGUUUUUCUCAUCCUAUUGUUGUGCGGCCUCACUGUCUCGCAGCCUCGUUCAGGAUACCGCGGGUGGAAAAACUCAGGUUGUUGGCUUGGUGUCUUCCAUGGUUGUCCUGGUUGUUCUUCUUUACAUUGGACCUUUGUUUGAAUCCCUACCCGAGUGUAUUCUGGCAAGUAUUGUUAUUGUGACGUUGAAGGGAAUGUUUUUGCAGUUUCGAGAACUUAAACGAUUGUGGAGACUCUCAAAGAAAGACUUUGCAGUUUGGAUGGUAACGUUUUUAGCUGUAGUAAUUUUAGACGUCGCCCUCGGUCUUCUUAUUGGAAUUGUCUUCUCUCUCUACUUUGUACUUAGACAUUCUCAGAAACCUCAGAUGAGCCAGCUUGGUCAGCUACCGGGAACCAAUGCCUACAAAGAUCUCAAAACUACUUUAUCGGUUAAGGAAGUUCCUGGCAUGAAGAUUUUCAGAUUUGAGACGUCUAUAUACUUUGCCAACGCUGAGCACUUCCGGGACAAACUUUAUGAGAAAACAGGGUUGGUUCCCCGCAAAUUGUUGAAGCGUAAACGUAAAGCUAUGCACGAUAUUUUACGGAGGCGUACAGAAGAACUGGCACAAGUCGAAUAUGAGAGACAACAGCGAGAGUCUCGGAAGAUACGAACAACAAUCGAAAUUGUUACGCCACGCCCAAUUGAUGAAUAUGAAGAGCAGGUAAAGAAGACGGCGGAGAAUAAGUUAAUUAUGGAUAGGUUUUCGAAGGCGUGGCAACCACCUAUAAAAAUAUUAAUUAUAGAUAUGUCAGUGGUUAAUUACGUGGACACAGUGGCUGUAAAACAACUCUCAACGAUUGUUAUGGACUACAAAAAUGUUGGAAUCAAAGUCUUACUCGCUGGUUGUAAGCCUGAUGUCCGAACGAUGUUACGUAAUGCUAAAUUUUACAAGACAGUGGACUACACUUGCUUGUUCUAUACUGUGCACGAGGCCGUCGUUAUUGGGCAAGAAUUAGUGGACGCCGAAAUAAGGAAAGCUAUACCAAAGAGAGAAGAUGUGAGAUUAAUGAUUGAGCUAAACACCAAUGAUGCAGACAAAGAAAAAGAGAGUGACAAAGAAAUUUAUGAAGAUGAUGACGACGAUGACGAUGAUAAUAAUGAUUCGGGUGAAAAACAAGCGCCCGUACAUUCAGAUGACGAAGAAUGGUUUGAUACGUCACCAGAUGAUAUUCAAAUGCGCGCAAUAACGCAUGCAUCGGUGGGAAUUUCACAUCGGGACUCAAAUGAGAGACAAGCUUACGGUGUGUUAAACAGACACGGUUCAAUUAUAAAAGAUGAAAACUUUGAAAUGAUUUCCCUAAAGGAAAGUGUAAAGUGAAUGUAAUGAAUAUUUCAAUCAACAAGUGCCUUGAAAAAGAAAUUGUAACGAAUGUUGAAAGACGUUAAUCAUUCACAAGAUAUAAACAUUAUAUAUCUGUGGCAACAAGUCAGAGUCUUUAGGUAUCUGAGGACUAAAUUAAUUUUAAAAUUUGAUGGUAUGUAACCAGACGUUUUGAUCUCUGUGACAACGAUAUGCAACUAUUCAAACAUCUGAAUAUUCUGUUAACAUGUUAUCAAUUAAAAUGACACCAAUAUUAUACAACUUAUUUGAUUUGUUUAUUGCAAUUUUGUGCGAAUUUCGCGAGAUUUUUCAAUUUUCUAAAAUUUGAGUUGCGUAAAUGUAAAUAAUUUGAGGAUGACUUUCUACACGUUCUUUUCAGUCAGUAUGGACGGUAUCCUAAAGAGAUACAUGUAUGUAUGAUAGAACUCUGAGUACAAGAUUGUGUCUAGCAUGUAUCCAAAAUCCUUAAUGAUGUACAUGCAUAAUUUUAUAACACUAGCUAGACAAGUUUUGUUUUAUUAAAUGCAACUUGAUGUUUAUAUUAUAUUUUCUUAACUUUGAAUAGUCCGUAUUCAAAUUUAUACAAGUUUUAGCAACGUGUUUCAAUUUUGCUUACAGCAUUUGUAUUUUAACUGCUUUAAUAAAAUUCUAAAAUAUACUUGAAUUGCUUCUGCUGUUUCAUUUUAUGUUUACAUACAACCUGUUAUCUAAACAAGAAUCUGUGAUUGAUAAACACAAAUGCCCCCGCGCUCACUGUUGUCAAUCAUUUAACUUUAGAGAGUGAAGUAGCUAAUUUGUACAGAAGAAAACCAAUCAUGUGUAGAAAUCUGUAAUUGGCACCCUUGACCUUGACCAACUGACCCCUACCUCUAUCAAAAGGAAGAAUAUCAUGCAAGUUAUUCUCCUACCAAAUAUGAAAUAAAUCUGUCAAUA